GCAAAUAUUUUUUUUUAUAUAAAUGGCCAGGACAAAAAGUAAAGUCGCGAGUCAUAGAUAGUUUUAUAUAUUACGAAUAGGUGUUUAUCGACUGUAGAAUUACUCUUGUCUCAUCUAAUCGGAAUAUAAAACAAAAUAUAGUGUUAGUGUCGCCGGUGCAAUGAAGCGUUUUCUAGUUUGCUGCAUUCUAUUACUUAUGAUAAAUGAUCCCGUAUUAUCUAAGAGGUCUAUACGCAAGUUCCCUAAGGGAUUCAAGUUUGGAGCAUCGACGGCUGCCUAUCAGAUCGAAGGAGGUUGGAAUGAAGAUGGCAAAGGUAUUUCCAUUUGGGACGUAGCUACACAUAUGGAAACUACACCCAUCCGCGAUGGAAGCAAUGGUAAUAUCGCAGCAGAUUCCUACCAUUUAUAUAAAAGGGAUGUAGAAAUAUUGAAAGAACUUGGUGUAGAUUUCUAUCGUUUUUCCGUAUCAUGGACCAGAAUACUCCCCCAGGGUUUUUCCAAUUACAUCAAUCAAGCUGGCAUCAAUUAUUACAAUAAUUUAAUAAACGAAUUGAUCCAAAAUAAUAUUGUACCCUUCUUGACAAUCUAUCACUGGGAUUUGCCCCAAGAGCUGCAGAAGUUGGGUGGUUGGACCAACCCUUAUAUUAUUGACGUUUUUGCUGACUAUGCCAAAAUCCUUUUCGAUCACUUCGGGGAUAGGGUCAAAUUUUGGAUAACAAUUAACGAACCGAAACAAAUAUGCUACGAAGGAUAUGGAUCAGAUUUGAAAGCUCCACUCGUUAAUAUGACUGGCAUAGCAGAGUAUAUGUGCGCCAAGAAUGUGUUGCUGGCUCAUGCUAAAGUUUAUCGCAUAUACGAUGAGGAGUAUAGGAAGAAGCAGAACGGUAAAAUUGGAAUAUCUAUCAGCUGUACGUGGUAUGAACCAGCUUCUGAUACAAUCGAUGAUCACCAAGCUGCUUUAGACGCGAGACAAUUCGAUUGGGGUCAAUACGCUCAUCCGAUAUUCUCAAAAGAAGGGGACUUUCCGCAUGAACUUAAACACAACGUGGCAGCGAAGAGUGCGGAACAGGGAUAUUCAUAUUCACGUCUCCCAGAACUAUCGGCUUCUGAAGUUGCAUUUAUUAGAGGCACGUCUGAUUUCUUUGGAAUGAACACUUAUACAACGAAGAUGGCUUAUAGGGAUGCGUCUGUUGAUGGAAUGUUCCCCGUGCCAUCGUACAGAGAUGACAUGGGGUCCGUCCUCGUCAAGGAUCCAACUUGGCCGCAGGCGCAGUCUUCGUGGUUACAGGAAGUUCCCUGGGGAUUUCAUAAAUUACUCAAAGAGGUCAAUAAAUUGUACGACAAUCCGCCGGUUUAUAUCACAGAAAACGGCUGGUCAAGUUCCGGUGGUCUACUUGAUGAAGAUCGGAUACAAUUCUUGAGAAAUUAUCUGAACGCAUUACUAGACGCUUUAGACGAAGGGUGCAAUAUAAAAGCAUAUACAGUAUGGAGUCUGAUAGAUAACUUUGAAUGGUUAAACGGAUACACAGAAAAAUUUGGACUAUACGAAGUAGAAUUUUCGUCUCCAGAUCGUACUAGAACACCCAGGAAAUCAGCUUUUAUAUACAAAGAGAUUAUACGAUCCAGAACUUUGGAUCCGAAUUUUGAACCUGAGAAAUAUGUAGAAGAAAGAAAAGAUAGUCAAGAAAAAGAAAAGUUUGACAGUGAUUUAUAUUAAUAUUUAACAAAACCAUGAUAUUGUGACUAAUAAAAAGUAUUAUUUUUAUA